GGGCGCGGGCGGGUCCCGGUGCGUCAGGCGGGCGGGGCCGGCGGGACGCGGCAGCGGCGGCAGCUCAGGGACGUGGGCACCAAGGGCCUGGCAAAGCGGGUGCCCAUGACGGACCUGGCAUCAUCCACGGGUGAGAGCCCGCUUGCCUUCAGCAGCGGUGAGGAGGGGCUGGGCGAGGAGAAGGUUCUGGUGAUCCACAGCCAGGCCGAGGAGAAGGAGGAGAAGGAGUUCAAGUGCAUCCUCUGUGGCGAGUGCUUCGGCCAGCAGCUCAGCCUGGCCCGCCACCAGAAGCACCACGCUGGCGAACGCACCUUCAUCUGCGCCGAGUGUGGCAAAGCCUUCAGCCUCAAGCACAACCUCAUCAUCCACCAGCGCAUCCACACCGGGGAGCGGCCCUAUCAGUGCGGCGUCUGCCAGAAGAGCUUCAGCCUCAAGCAGAACCUCCUCACCCACCAGCGCAUCCACAGCGGUGAGAAGCCCUUUGGCUGCCAGCGCUGUGGCCGCCGCUUCCGUGAGCACCGCUUCCUCCUCAACCACCAGCGCACCCACGCUGACCAGCCUGCCCACGCUGACCAGGUGCAGCCUGGUGGCAGCCGCUCUCCGCCAUUGCCGCCGCAUGAAGCCAGCAGCGGCCCCUUUGCCUGCCCGCGCUGUGGGAAGAGCUGUGGGAAUAGCUGUGGGAAGAGCAGCCUGGCCACGCACCGGCGCAGCCACGGCAGUGCCAGGCCCUUCGCCUGCCCUGACUGCCGCAAGACCUUCAGCCGGAAAGGCUAUCUGAAACUGCAUCGGCGCAGCCAUGCCGCCAGCACCCCCUUCGCCUGCCCGCCCUGCAGUGACAGCUUCACCCCAGAGGUCGCCCGCACCGCGCGUGGGGAUGGGGACACCCUCACGGAAUGAUGGCAGCAGCUGCCAGAGUGGAGCCGGCCACCAUGUUUCACCAGGAAGGAGCCGAAGCACCAAGUUGCCAGGGAGAAGGGUCGAAGAGGAAGGGGCAGUGACUCACCCCAGCUUCACCAAGAGCCCCCCCCAGCACCAAACGCACAGGAAAUAAAGUUAAAAUCCAACCCCAAAGCUCGAGGGUGGAAACUGCUUCCCACCAGCAGCCACUGCAGCAUGCAGAAGGCACCGUGGCAAGGCAGAAACCAGCGGAGGUCCUGGCACGGUGCUGGCAGCAAGGAGCUAAAGGAUGACUCAGGAGCACCCGACCAAGAAGGUGCUGGGGUUGGGGCGUCGGGAGGACCCUGAAUGCCUGCUGGGGUGGGGAGCCUCUAUGCUGGGGCCGUUCCAACACCAAACUGUAGCAGGGAGAUGGAGAGAGGUGAACUGGGUUGCGGUGGGAAAAUUUGGCUGCUCUGACAUGCCAGGCUCAGGGGGUGGAGUGCAUGGCAUGGCCCCUGCUCCCUGUGACAGCAAUGUCCUAGGCCUGGCUCCUGGGCCAAAAUCCUGAGGGAAUUGGGCCAAAACUAUUUCCCACAGACCCUCCUGGGCUCAAGGACAAAUGUCUGGGGGUACCACGUGGCCCUUGGUGACACCCCAGUCUUCACCCCACGAUGGCACCAGCAGCACUGCCAUGGCUGGGUGGGACGCUCCAUGUUGGCCCAAGGAGCCGGAGCAGCGGUUUCCCAACCCGGGGGUGGGUCCUUCCCCAGUGUCGUGGCGCCAGCCGGGCUCGGUGCCGAUGGCUGCAGUUGCCUGCUGGUGCCAUGCUGCCUGUGAGCUUCCCCUUUGCUGCUGCCACCUGCAGACGCUACCAGUGCUCUCCAUGUUCUCACUGACUCCAUUAAAGUCUGCACAGUCCUA